AUGGGGCUGUUCAGGGCCCUGGCUUCCCUCUUAGUCCUACACCUGCUGCAGGGCUCAAACGCUUCCCUAGUGCAGCUAAAGGACAAUGUCUAUGAAGACGUCAUUAUUGCUAUAGAUCCUGAUGUGCCAGAAGAUGGAAAAAUAAUAGAACAAAUAAAGGACAUGGUGACCGCAGCAUCUACUUACCUGUUUGAAGCCACAGAAAAAAGAUUUUUUUUCAAAACUGUGUCUAUAUUAAUUCCUAAAACCUGGAAGGAAAAUCCCCAUUACAAGAAGCCAAAACAUGAGAACUACAAACACGCUGAUGUUAUUGUUGCACCACCGACCCUCCCAGGCCUAGAUGAACUGUAUACCAAGCAGUUCACAGACUGUGGAGAAAAAGCAGAGUACAUUCAUUUCACUCCUAACUUUGUACUGGGAAAGAAACAAAAUGAAUAUGGACCAUCAGGUAGACUGUUUGUCCACGAGUGGGCCCAUCUCCGCUGGGGAGUGUUUGAUGAGUACAACAAUGAUCAGCCUUACUACGUCUCCAGUUCAAAAAAAAUUGAAGCAACAAGGUGUUGUAUAGGUAUCUCUGGAACGAACAGCAUUUAUACAUGUCAAGGAGGUAGCUGCAUAACUAGAAGAUGCAGAAUUGAUCCUACUACAAAACUGUAUGAAAAAGGCUGUCAGUUCUUCCCCAAUAAAGUUCAAACAGAAAAGGCUUCCAUAAUGUUUAUGCAAAGUAUUGAUUCUGUUGUUAAAUUUUGUAAUGAAACAACCCAUAACCAAGAAGCUCCAACUCUACAAAACCUAAAGUGCAAUUUCAGGAGCACAUGGGAGGUAAUCAGAGAGUCCGAGGAUUUUAAAAGUACCACACCUAUGAUGACACCACCUCCUUUGCCUACUUUCUCAUUGUUGAAAAUCAGUGAAAGAACUGUGUGCUUGGUUCUUGAUAAGUCUGAAAACAUGAAGGAUUUUAACCGGUUACAUCGAAUGAACCAAGCAGCUAAAACUUUGCUGCUUCAAACUAUUGAAAAUGGAUCCUGGGUGGGCAUAGUUGAAUAUGAUAGUACUGCCCACAUCAAAAGUAAGCUAGUCCAAAUUAUAAGCUACAAUGAAAGAAGAAAACUCAUAGAGAGCUUACCUAGCGAAGCUUCAGGAGGAAUUUCUAUCUGCUCUGGAGUUGAAUCUGCUCUUCAGGUAAUUAGGGAAACACACCAUCAAACAGAGGGAUCUGAAAUAAUACUGGUAACUUCUGGGGAGGAUAUAAGAGCAAGCUCUUGCAUGGAAAGAGUGAAACAAAGUGGGGCCAUCAUUCAUUCUAUUGCUGUGGGGCCAUCUGCUGAUACCAUCAUAAGCGAGAUGAGCAGUAUAACAGGAGGAAAUAAUUAUUAUGUUUCGGAUCAAGCCUACAAGAACAGCCUCAUUGAUGUUUUCAGUCCUUCUGGGUUAGGAAAUACUGAUCUCUCCCAGAUGUCCUUUCAGCUUGAAAGUAAGAGAUUAAAUCUGACCAAGGAUCCCUGGAUGAAUGGCACUGUGAUAAUUGAUAGCACCGUGGGAAAGGACACCAUCUUUCUCAUCACAUGGGACAAACAGCCUCCCAGCAUUUCUUUCUGGGAUCCCAGUGGAAAACUGGUAGGAGGUCUCGCAGAGGACACUGCUUCCAGAAUAGCCUAUCUCAGUAUUCCAGGAACAGCACAGGUGGGCACUUGGACUUACAGUCUUCAAGCCAAAGAAAAUCCGGAAACAUUAACUAUUACAGUAACUUCUCGGGCAGCCAAUUCUUCUGUGCCUCCGAUCACAGUGAGUGCUAAAAUGAAUAAAGACACAAACAGCUUCCCCAGUCCCAUGAUUGUGUAUGCAGAAGUUCGACAAGGGUAUGUGCCCAUUCUUGGAGUCAGUGUGACUGCUGUCAUUGAAUCAAGCAGCAGAAAUGCAGACGUUUUGGAACUGUUGGACAAUGGUGCAGGUGCUGAUUCUUACAAGAAUGAUGGCAUCUACUCCAGGUACUUUACAACUUAUAAAAAAAAUGGGAUAUACAGAUUAAAAGUACAGGCUUAUGGAGGAAGAAACACUGCCAUGAGAAGCUUAAGAUAUCCCGUGAAUACAGCCAAACAUGUAUCAGGCCGCAUAGUAGAUGGGAAAAUUGAAGCAAAUACACUGAAACCUAAAAUCGAUGAGGACACUCAGCCAAUCCUGGAGAGUUUCAGCAGAAUGGUAUCUGGAGGUGUGUUUGUGAUAUCACAAGUUCCACCUCUUCCUGUAACUGACCUGUACCCACCAAAUCAAAUCAGAGAUCUCGAUGCCACACUUCAUGGGGAUGAAGUCUGCCUGACAUGGACAGCACCAGGAGAUGACUUUGAUAUUGGAAAAGUUCAACAGUAUACCGUAAGAAUCAGCAGAAGUAUACUUGAUCUAAGAGACCAUUUUGAAGAUGCUCUUCAAAUUAACACUACUAAUCUGUUACCAAAUGAGGCCAACUCCAAGCAAACUUUUACAUUUAAGCUAGAAGCAAUCUCAGAAGUUAAUACAACCCAUUUAUUCAUUGCCAUUCAAAGUGCAGACAAAAACAAUCUGACAUCCAAAGUAUCCAAUAUUGCACAAGUAGCUUUGUUUACUCCCCUGGGAGAUCCUAGUCCCCAUGAAAGUCAUCAACAUCCUGCAGCUAACAUUCCUACCUUGGUGUUAUUUGUGGUUGGCUCAGGUUCAAUUGUUUGCCUUAUUUUAAGUGCCACCAUUUAUAUUUUAAAGAAGAAGAAAAAUGCAAGUAGACUCAGAACUGGGUUUUAA